UACCUUUUAAGGUGGUUUUGAGGAUUACAGACGAGUGUCUGGAACACAAUAGGUAAUCGAAAAUGGAUGCUACGAUGUGACUCAGCCCCUCGCUGUGGGACCCAACGAACGGCUAACCGACAGGUCGGAGUCUCGCCCUCAGGAUCUCAGAGGGCCGGGAGAGCUCCCGUGGCCUCCUCCCUGCAGGAGGUGGGGACUAGGUGGAGGAAGGGCUGCGGGAGGAGGAGCUGGCGCGUCUCGACCCGCCCCGUCCCAUCCAGUCUGGCCUGGGCGCCGAAGGAACUGCGGUCCCAGCCCCUGUCAUCCAGCGGCUUGUCCUGCGUGCCCCGAGCCCUGCCCGCACCCAGUUAUGACUCUGCGCCCCUCACUUCUCCCGCUCCGACUGCUGCUGCUGCUGCUGCUCAGGGGGGCGGUGUGCCGGGCGGAGGCUGGGUCCGAAACCGAAAGUCCCGUCCGGACCCUCCAAGUGGAGACUCUGGGCAGCCUGGUAGAUGGACGCAUCUUUGACACGUCUCUGACCAGAGACCCUCUGGUUAUAGAACUUGGCCAAAAGCAGGUGAUACCAGGUCUGGAGCAGAGCCUUCUAGACAUGUGUGUGGGAGAGAAGCGAAGGGUAAUCAUUCCUUCUCACCUGGCCUAUGGAAAACGGGGAUUUCCACCAUCUAUCCCAGCGGAUGCAGAGCUGCAUUUUGAUGUGGAACUGAUUGCACUGAUCCGAGCCAACUACUGGCAGAAGCUGGUGAAGGGCAUUUUGCCUCUGGUAGGCAUGGCCAUGGUGCCAGCCCUCCUGGGCCUCAUUGGGUAUCAUCUAUACAGAAAGGCCAGCAGUCCUAAAAUCUCCAAAAAGAAGCUCAAGGAAGAGAAACGAAACAAGAGCAAAAAGAAAUAAUAAACAAUUUUUAAAAAACUUUGCAUUCUUCACCU